AUGACAGAAGAAGCAAGUGUAGAUGAUCUUGAAGUUUGGAAUUAUCUGAAGAAGAAGAAGAAGAAGAAGAAAAAGAAAAAACACAAAGAAUACAGCGAGAAACAUGAAAGUGAUGAAGGUGAAAGCGCACAAAAUGCAGAGCUUGGCCAUGCUUCUCCACUGCUGUUGGAAGAUCAAGCAGUGCAGAGGGAUGAAGGUGAAGGUGAGGUCUGUAAAAAGAAGAAAAAAAGCAAACACAAGGGUGAGAAGCAGCAGUCUUUGUUAGAUAAUUCUUGUGUAGGACUGGAACAUGAAAUUAGUAAUGAAACUGUAGUGGAUGCUUUCCACAAGAAAAAGAAAAAGAAGAAGCGGAAGCGCGAUGAUAGUACAAAUGAGCAAAGUGAUGUGACUGGUGUCACGGUAAAUCAGUGUCUCACUGAUGAUUGUCAGGAGGCCGAUGCUGAUUACGUUUCUUUAGAGCAAGCUGUUAAGAAGAGAAGAAAACAUAAAUUGCCUCAAGAGGAUGAGGUACCUGAGCUGCCUACCUCAGAAGCAUGUGAUAACGGUGACAGUAAGACACCCAAGAAGAAGAAGAAGAAGAAGAAGAAGAAAAGAGACAGUGGUACCCAAGAUAUGCAGGAAGAUGCAGAUGCUACUGUUGACCAGUCAUUGCUGCCAUCUCCAGAGCAAAACAGGGAGGAGGAAGACACCGUCUUGCCGUUACUUACCAAAGAGUGUGGCAUGGCAACACCCCAGAAAGAGCAUGAAGAUGGUGACUGUGAUGCUUCUCCUGCCAUGAAUGAAGAAUCUGCAGAUGUACCUGCUAAUUUCUCCAGGCUGACUAAAGCAGCUCAUCGAUCUCGAAAAACUGCAGCGCAUGCUAGAAAGGCAGUAAAGAGCAGAAUUUUGGUCCUGGAAGAAAGCUCCUCGGAAUCUGAUGUAAUGACACCAGAACCCUCGGCGUCAAAUCAAAAGGACCAGAAUAGUUCCUCUGCAGCCUCUGAUGAGCCUGGUCUGGAUGAUGAAGAGCACCUGGACUCUGCCAUGUCUUCAGUCACGGCUUUGGAUGCUGCAAGACGAGAACUCGAAGAGUUUAUUCCUCAUGUGAAGAAUAUCUCAGACAAUUCAAUCAGGAAGAUGGCUGGAAGAGACCUGGCAAGGUUUAAAGAGUUUAAAAAGCAAGGUAUUGCUGUCAAGUUUGGCAGAUUUUCCAAGAAGGAAAAUGAUCAAAUCCGGAAAAAUAUCGAAGAGUUCAUAACGAUUACUGGAAUAGACAGUGCUGAAAAACUCCUGUUUACCUCGAGGUAUCCAGAAGAUGCAGAAACUAUCAAUCGCCUAAAAGCAGAACAUCUUUUCUGUGAAAAACUUUCUGAGGGCAUACCACGACCCUGGAGGCUGAUAUAUUAUCGAGCAAGGAAGAUGUUUGACCCGAAUAAUUACAAAGGGAGGUAUACGAAGGAAGAAAAAGAAAAAUUAAAGAAGUAUCAUGCUCUGCAUGGCAACGAUUGGAAGAAAAUUUCUGAGAUGAUGUCCCGUUCUAACCUCUCAGUUGCUAUGAAAUACUCUGAAAUCAAGUCAUCUAUUAAUUAUGGUCCUUGGUCAAAGGAAGAGGUCCAGAAAUUAAUGUGUGCAAUGGAGGAAGUGAUCAGGAGAAGAGUGGAAACAGAAGAUGCAGAUUCUCCUUCAUCAUUGAAAAAGUCACAUAGAGAUCUCUUGAUCGACCGUGAGAAACUGUGCCACAAAUUACCAUGGACUGAGAUUGAAGCUAAAGUGGGAACUCGGUAUUGGAGACAAUGUAAACAGAAAUGGACUUCAAUUUUAACAAACAAGAUGACCAAAGGGCAGAAGUUAUAUAGGGGAACCAAAGCAUUACAGGCCAAGAUCAAUCUUAUUAAAAGGUUGUAUGAACUGAAAGUGGAGGAUGCUAAUGAAGUAAACUGGGAAGAACUCUGUGAUACUAUUGGAGAUGUCCCUAGAUCCUAUGUUCAAACAAAAUUUUAUAAGCUAAAAGUCUCCAGUGUCCCUUUAUGGCGAAAAAAGACAUUUUCUGAAAUUAUUGAUUACCUCUUUCAAAAGAAACUUCCAGAACUUGAAGAAAUGUUACAGAAAAGGAAAGGGAAAAGUCUUAGUCCUGAGGAUUCAACAGCUAGGCAACAGAAAAAAGCAGCUUUCCGACUCAGUGACAUUUUUGACUCCAGUGAAGAGAGCGAUUAA